AUGCUACAUUCCAUAAUCUUAGACCCGGAAGGGAAGUACCACCUUAGUUGGAACUUUACCGACACCGACGUAACCUUUGAAGUGCAGGUGAAAACUUUGGGGUACAUAGGAUUAGGGAUUUCCCCGAAUGGUGGGAUGCCAGGAUCUGAUAUUGUUCUAGUUUGGGUAGACGAUGCCACCGGGAUCGCUAAUAUCUCUGACCGCCAUGCUGUCGCCGAGGCUGAACCGAGAGUAGACUCCAUUCAGAAUUAUCAAGUUAUCAGUGGUUUCCAGAAUGACACUCAUACGGUCGUCAAGUUCCAACGUGAUCUGGAGAUCUGCGAUGAGGAAGAUAAUAUUAUAACGGUUACGCUGACACAAUCCGCCUUAUAUGGUCCUUACCGCGACAAAGACCCUGAUGCCGACGGACACGCAAUGUAUCAUGGGAUACACAGGGGAAGUAGGAGCAUCUUUCUGUUAAACUCUUUCGUAGCUUUACCUCCGAAAUCCUCUACAACAACCACAAUGGAUCUUACCAGUGACAAGAUAGAUCCAAUUAUUCAAGAUGGCCACGAAAUGCACGUGCAUCACAUAUUGAUCUAUGGCUGCUUGAACAACGUGAGCGACUCCAGCUUCAACGUACAACACCAGUGUCAGCACAGGAAUAUGCCGCUCGACUGGUGGAACUGCAACGCCCUCUACUUCGGCUGGGCUAUUGGUGGAGGGAGUACAUACCUGCCGGAUCACACGGGAAUGCCCUUUGGUACAGACGAAGACCCAACUCUUCUACUUAUGGAGAUUCAUUAUGACAAUCCGCAGCUAAAGUCAGGAAUCGUAGACUCGUCUGGACUGAGAAUUAUCUUUACACAGGAACUGAGGCAGUAUGACGCAGGCAUCUUGUCCACCGGAACAAAUCCAGGUCCUACCCAGAUUAUCCCCCCUUACGAGCCGAACUUUCUUACAGUCACACACUGUCUUUCGGAAUGUUACGAAGAGGGCGUGGAACUCAACCCAAUUGCCGAGGACAUGAACUACGACUUCAACUUACAGGAUCUCCGAAUGAGGAAGAGAGAAGUCACAAUCCGCCCUGGUGAUCACAUUGUGACUGAGUGUUUCUACAACACAGAGAAGAGGAGCAAAGUUACCCUGGGCGGCCUGAGAACAACCGACGAAAUGUGCCUCGCUUAUCUGGUGUAUUAUCCCAAGAUACCGUUGAGUGUAUGCCAGUCAGUUCCAAGACCGUCUUUUCUUGCAAAAUAUGGCGGAGUCACUGUGACCGGAAAUUGGCGUGUCCUUGCUCCACCCGAGCUGGUCAAUCAGAGCCUGGCGGUGAUUUUGGAUGACCUUGUAGACUGGACGAAUACAACGAUCAGAAAAGGGUUCCAGGCACUGCUAAAAACGCGGGAACCAUAUUCUUACGUGUCUCUCUGUCUGCAUGGUUCUGAACCCUAUUCAGUCCUCCCGAACGUGGGAGGACCUGUCAGCAGUCUGUGGAUGGUCGUAGGUUCUACUCGUUCUCAGAUUGCACCUCCCGAUCUUGUCAGAUAUUUGUAA